AUGAACUGGCCUCAGCUCUUCGCCCCCUUGUUCCUCCAUGAGGACUGGGAGCAGGUGGUGGAUGCCAUGCCGACCUUUGAUGGCCGUGGCCUAGUGCUGGCGGUGCCUCCUGUGGCUCAGGGGGCAACGGCGCCAGUGGAAGUGGCCAGCAUCCUCCGCACCUUGCUGGACGAUGAGGAGGCCGACGCCACGCGGGAGGAAGAGGAUCCACCCGCGAUCCCGAAGGACAGGUCAGCUCUGAUCUCCCGAGGGGCUGCUUCUGCCCAGGUACCGCCCGAAGCCGCCUCCAGCGCUUCUGUUGCGCCCUCUUCCGCUCCUGAACAUCUUGAGGCUACACCCCGGACCAAGAGGCUCUCGGGCUUCAAGCUCGGCAAGACGUCGGUGACCCAUGCCGCGAUUGACCAGCUCCCGCUUGCGGCGAAGAAGAAGAAGGGGGACAUAGUGACUCCAUCUGGAGCAGACUCGUCUGCCGCGGCCGCUCCUUCGUCCGUGGGAAAAGGAGGCGAUGAUGCUCACGCCUCCCCUGCCCGGUCAUCCUCGCGAGGCCUGGAGGAACGCCCUGGCGGGGUGCCAGCCCCUGCGGCCCUGCAGGCUCCGGAGGUGCCGGUGCCCGAUGCUGAUGCUAAGGUACCCAAGGCUCAGGAGCCCCCAGUUUCUCAAGCCAUUGUUACGCUGCCGCCUCCUGCUCCUGCACCGCUGGUUCCAGGUUCUUCUGCCUCCUCUCCUGUCUUGGACCGCGCCCUUUCUGAGUUGGGCCAGCUGCGGGCCGCGGCAGCUUCUGAGGAAGAGAAGCAAGCCGCCACCCAGGCCGCAGCUGCUCGUGAGACGGCAUUGAAGGAUACCGCCGUCGCCCAGGACCGCUGCAAGGCACUGGAGGCCAAGCUACAGGGCUUGCGCGAUGAGCUCGCCAAAGAGGCUCGCGACCGCCAGGCGAAGGAGGAGUAG